AUGAUACGUUUUGGGACUGCUGCCACAAACGUCCUGGCGAGCCGCGCCGGGCCAGCAGCCGUCGUCAGCGUCCUCCCGGCUACCGCCGUCACGGCCUUCGCGUCGCGCCACGGCGCACGGAUCCAGCCCAGCCGCUGCAACGGCUGCCCAAGAUGCAACUCGGCUGCAUGUGCCGCCAUCGCCCCACAGACGUGCACGAGUAGCAGCAACGAUAGCUGCAGCUCUAGAAGCAACAACGUUGCCGCGACUCAUAAUAGCAGCCGCCGCCUUCGCGGAAUGUGCGUGCCGGUCAGGGAACCGCUCCACCGCGGUGCCGUACUCGCCGCCACGGCCACAUCGGUUCCGACAUCAAGCCACGACCAGCCACCCACCUCCGGAUCUGCCCCAGCGAUCUGCGACCCGUCAGCCUACCAAACUCUGAGCCUGCUCAUCCUUCUGUACGAGUGCACCCUGCGCGCGUACGGCAGUCCGCUGCUGGAGGCCGCCGACUUGCUAACGCUACCCGCCGUAGUGGACGAGCUGCCGUGCUGUGUCGUACUGCUGGUCCCGCUGGAGGAGCAGCCACGUCGGCGGCCCCCAAUGGCGGCGGCGGCGCCGAUCUCGGCGUCCGGUCCACACACACCCGGGUCGACAUCCGCAGCGGCGCCGUCGGCCUCCCUUGACGGCGUGGAAGGGGCGCAAGGCCGGCCGACGUCUUGGGGAACGACGAGCCACGGCUCUGCUCCCGCUGGUGAUGACGAUAGUCGUGGCAGCUGUUGCAGCAGCAGUGGUGAACACGGCGGCGGCAGUAGCACUAGCGGGCUGAUGGAGCCGCUGGCGGUGCAGUACCUGAACCGUGCGGCAGCGGAGGCGCUCGGAGCUGUGUGUGGGACUGGCGCGAGCUCCUCCUGCCCCGGGGCUUGGGAGCUUGAGAUGGCGGAUCUUGGUGCUGCUGACGUCAUUCGGGCGAUGUCCAAAUCCCGGGGGCCGCCGCGGAAGGGCACUUCACUCUGCGCCGACCUGACUCUGAGGGCCGCAGCACCUGCAGUGGAGGCUGCGGGCCCUGGUGACCUGAAUGUGGGGGUUCGCGGUUUUGGCGGCAGGAGAACCAUCCACUGCCCCGAGGCCCUGCUGCUGCCCCUCAUGUCACCCAACGGCACCUGUGCCGCCGUUGCAGUGCUGUUCGAGCGGUGGGAAGUGAAUGACGUCACUGGAGGAGUGGUGCUGGAGGGCAGGCCGCUGGUGCCCGAAGUGACCCCUGGGUCACAACCUGCGGGUGCGGCGGCGGCUCUAACGCAGCUGCCAGAGCGGGUGCGCGCUCAGGCGGACGAGGUGCGCGGACUUAAGUCGCAGCAGGGGUUGACGAACAAGGAUCCCCAGGUGGUUGCGGCCGUUGCGACGCUGCAGCAGCUCAAGAUGGAGCUGGAUUUGCAGCAGCGCCUGCACCGCGCGUUCAGCGGGGAGAUCAGCGUGCUGCGGCCACUGCUGCAGCAACAGGUGCUAACGGAUGGAUGAGGAAGGAGGGACUCGAAAUCAGAUUGGCGCGGGGGGUUGCAUGGUGACGGAAACAUUGCAUUCUGGCAGUGGCCAGUGCCGUACGUACUGGAGCCGUCGGAAGAGAGUUACUUACAGUUAAGACGGCGUUGCGGGACUUUCGCUUUGGGACGAGUGCAGGCGAGACCUGUGGUCUGACGAAAAGCGGAGACAGCGAUCGCCCUGUUUGCCUACGGAGAUUUGAAGCACCCACACGCGAGCAUGCGCACAAGCGAACGUAGAAAGCAACAAAAGGCGAGGAUCCUGCUCGUGUGCAUGUAUGGGGGCGGACCUGGCAAAAAGCGUUUUGUAACUCUGAACUCCAG